CAUACACUUCGCGCUUUAUGUGAUCCAUAUUACCCCGCUGUUUUUCCUAUGGAAUCAGCAUAAUUCUCCAGAAUCUCUCUUUCUCUAAUUACAUUUGUUCAUUUUUUAUAUAACAACUGUAAAUUAACCAAAAUUCUGUAUAUAAUUCAUAGUUAAAGUUUAGAUUUUUGCUUUAUACGUUCAAAAAAAUUAUCAUGUCCGCAGCAGUUGAAAUGUUUGAUCAGCAACUCAUCAAUGGUGUUCGAGAUCUCUCGAUCCAGAAUGAGCUUUUCACUUUAUUCGUUUUUAAUUUUUAACGCCCUUUUUUGGGUAUUUCAGAGUGAAGUUAAAGGGGAUUGUACAGCAGCACUAGAGGAAAUUCACCUAGUGGGGUAUGAGACUAACAAUAUUAACAGCACUAAUCAUCACGGGGUCUGUGCAAUAUGUUUGGAUGAGGUAGCUCUUCAGGAAACAGCUCUGACAAAAGGUUGCAAGCAUGCCUACUGUGUAACAUGCAUCCUGCGGUGGGCCUCUUACAAGGAGGAACCAUUGUGCCCUCAGUGUAAAAAUCCAUUUGAGUUUAUGAAUAUCCAUCGCUCACUUGAUGGAAGCGUUCACAAUGAUAUGAUUGAGGAGAGUGUAUGCCUUCUUCUAGGAGCCUCAUGGUUUAAGCCUUUGAUUGUGGUGGAUCUAGAGGAGGUGCAUGUGGAUGUGAAUGUGGAAGAUUAUUAUUAUUAUUACGAGGAUGAAGAAGAAGAUCUAGACAAUGUAUACUAUGGCAGUUCCUCAAGUCUCCGCAUCGGUAACUGGAGAUGGGGAGAUAAUGGAUAUGUUCGGGGUGGUUGGCAAGAAGCAAGACCAAUGCAUAGGCCGAACUUCCAGGAUACAGGUGCUGGUCCAUCUCGUCAGCCUAAAAAGAAAGAGACUGCUAAAGAAAUGGUUGGCAGACGUGCAAAAAGGGAAUUGAAAUGGGAAGCUGCUGACAAGGCUGCUGCAGCAAAACACGAACGACAUUUUAUGAGGUUAGGUCACAAGUCUGGUUGAAUGAACAAGCUUCUCAGAGCCUGGGACCAGGCACUUUGUAAAGUAUUUCCUUGACUUCUGUUCUGAAAUAAGGAUUAUAGAUGCUUAGGUUCACUUACAAAAAUGGGCUGUAUCGUGUAUAUUGCCCCUGUUGUACCCAGCAAGAAUAAAUUUCUCAAGUACUGUACAUUAAUUACUUAUUUAAAUUAUUUCUUAUUUAGACUCC